CUCCAGAGAGAGAGAGAGAGAGAGAUGUCUCACUCGCCGUCGGGAUCGCGCGCGACGGCGCGGUCGGCCGGGGAGGAGGCCUUCGCCGACGCAGCAGCGGAGGAAGGCAGCGAGUCCCAGAUCUCCGCGCUCCUCUUCGACAUGUCGAAUCAGGUCCAGGAUAGCCUCCAGAACAUGCUGAAGAUGACCAGUGAGAUCGAGCAGUGUGGUGGCGAGAUUGAGGCUGAGAUCCAGCAGGCCAAGGAGGGCGUGGCUGACAAGUGCAGGGCGCUCGAGGAGGAGAAGGAAAGGUUCCAGAAGGUUGCCCUUGCCGCGCUUAACAUCCUGAGCGGCGGCAUCUGAAGCCCACGCCGCCUCCAUAUGAACCAAGACUGAUCCUGAUAGGUGCCACCCUCUGUAGAUCACAGCUCAUGUUACAUGUUUGAGUCUUGCAAAAUGUCAAUUGGUCACCAGUGUUAGUCGCCUUUCUUUUGCUUAGUCUGUCAGCAAUUUGGACCAGCGCGUGAUGGGAGUACCAGACUAUCAGUAGUAGUAGUUUGUAUGGGUUGACUCUUUCGGUGAAGCAGAGCAUAGCUGUAUAGUUGGUAAUUUGUCCCUUCUGAAUUCUUGUUGGUGGUAAUGAUCUGCGAAUAAAGUGUCAGAGCUUAUGCCGUUCCA